UCACAUUAAUUAACACACACUCCCAUCUAUUUCUCUUCAAAAUCUCAUUUUGAAUGUCAUUUUUGAAACUUUAUCUAAGUGUUUGAUGCUUUGCACAGCAAAAUAUGACUCUAAAGGGUGGCACCAGCCAGGCGUGUGCUGCGUGCAAGUACCAGAGGAGGCGGUGUCACGACUGCCCCUUAGCACCCUAUUUCCCUGCUGAUCAACCCAAAAUGUUUCAGAAUGCGCAUAGGUUGUUUGGGGUCAGCAACAUUUUGAAAAUACUAAGACAGCUUGAUCCCUCUCAAAAAAAAGUUGCAAUGAGAUCUAUUAUUUACCAAGCAAAUGCCCGUGACAAAUAUCCUGUAUAUGGAUGUGUAGCGGAGAUACAAAAUUUAUUAUAUAACAUUCAAGUCUACGAAGAGGAACUUCAAGCUGUUAAUGCACAACUAACAUUUUACAGACAACAACAGCAACAACAAGAAAUCUCAACGAACCUUAGUGAUUCUGUUUCCCAAAUACAAUUGGGAAUGCCGCCUCCUGUUUCUGCAUCUACACCUGCUAAUGGAAAUGGGUUAACACUAUUUCAUCAAGAUAUGACUUCUCCAUAUAAUGUUGCUGCCAAUGCUGUGUUGCCUGUUCAAUCUUAUCCCUCUUACUCAAAUAACAACUAUGCUGCUUACAACAAUACUACCUUUGUAGACCCUAAAGAAAAUAAUGCAGUCAAUUCUUUAUGGAUUCAACAAUCGUAUGGUAAUAAUGUUUGUAAUAAUAAUAUUAUGCAAUCUCAGUUACCAGCUUCCCAAACACUUGUUGUCCCACAAGAAGUCACACAAGACUAUGAUGGGAUUCACCCAUAUUUUGAUGGUAUUGAUGACAGACAGUCUUAUAAUGGUUCUAAAGAUGCAUAUGAAUCGAGUUCAGAGUCAUCGCUGAAAGACACAAGACAGUCUAUGGAGCAUGUUGCUGAGAAUGAAUUAAAGAAUGCUGCAGCAUGUUUCACUCUUACGAGCAUCAACGGAUAGAAUACAAAGAAAUAUAAGAAGAAUGAUAACAGAGUGGCUUUUUCUUUUGCCGUUCAAAUAUAACUAUUGAGAAUGUACUGCCAAUUUUAGAAUACAUUUCACAUGACAUGUUAUAUUUGGUUUUUGGGAAGUUGGACACUAGCUUGUUUUUCUAGUCUUGGUACACUAGAAAAAACUAUAAAAAGAAUUCAUAAGCGACAUGGCAAAAAUCUGCCGCAUGUCCUUGAUCACAUCAUCAUGAAGAUUAGUAAAAGUUCUUCAUGUUCGUGUCCUUCGUUUGCCAGACAGUUGCCAGAAAGUCGGCACAUUAGUUUGCCUCUCUCCAAAUAUAUAUUUAAGGUGACCUUGUUAGCUUCCAACAAAUGUAUGUAAUCUUCAAUAAUAGUCCUCGGGAGCGAUAUAGUAUGUCCUUCUCAUUGAUAAGUUGGACGGCUAUAGGCAAUUUGUUUCCACUUCUAGUUCUUUGUAUCACAUCUCGUUUACUGAUUGUAACCUUUUUUGAUGCAACGAGACAUGAUUACUUCAUCUCAUAUGUUGCCUUCAUAUAA